GUAGAUACGCUAAUAUAUCAGUUGCGUUUAGCCUUAUAGAGAGAUAUAACCGUCUCUCUAGACCACAAUAAAUAUCUAUUCUGCGAAGUGUAUAAAUUUGUGACUGGUGAAUCGAAGGUUUAUCAUAAACAGAGAGGAUUCCCACCUUUAAAAUGAACUUCGCGUCUAACGAGAAGAAACUGUCGGGCAGCCUGAUGAGCGACGACGACGAUUCCUUUUGGGAAAUUUUUACGAAAACCGUAAACGCGUACGACGAAAAGAAAUGGACGAUACCAUAUCUAAGGAAGCAGUUCGAGACGCUCGAGUUGCACAGACUGUUCGAGAGGUACACCGAGAAAAUACAAUUCGGAUACUUCGCGUUGUUUUUGAUUUUGAUUUUCCUGUUGUUUUCGACGCACGUGGCCGUCCUCGUGUUCGAGAAUUUGCACCACAAGGACAAACUGCUGGCUCUGGCGCCUGACUUGGCUCUCUACGCCAUGUUAGUGAUAUUCUCGGUGACGGCUCUGAUUCUCAUCGAGACGGUCCACAAGAGGAACAAAAAGUGGCAGUAUUUUUGCGUCGUUGCCUUUGCCAUGAUAAUUUUCACUAACUUUUUUGUUCCGAUUUACCAUCAUUUGAAUAAAACUGACAACGUUACCCGAUACGCACCAGCGUACACGAAUCUACUGGUUAUCUCGUGCUAUGUCUUCUUCAGCAUACAGACAAACUGGCGGGCCACUGUUUUGGGAGCGCUAGUUUCAGUGUGUCACGUUCUGGUACUGAUAUUUGUGACCUACGAUGGACGAGCCAUUUUGAUUAGACGAGUUUUUUCAGAUAUCAUUUUUCUGAUAUGUCUGAACGGGAUGGGAUUGUUUUUCCGAUACAUGAAUGAAAUCGUCCAGCGAAGGAGUUUCCUGGACAGGCGGGAUUGCAUAGUGUCGACAUUUCAAUUAAAACACGAACAGGAACAAGAAGAACAACUUAUGUCGAGCAUAAUACCGUCGGCGCUAAUUAACAGAGUUAAGGAGAACUAUUUGCAAAAUAAACAAUACUUUCUUCAGAAUAAAAAGAUGAAAAGUCAGAAUCCUUUCGAAAAUUCUUUAUUGGACGAACAUGAGAAUGUGACAAUUUUAUUCGCAGAUAUAGUCCAUUACACCGAAAUGACGAGCAAACUUAAUAUCAACGACUUGUUGGAGACUCUGAACGAACUGUUUGGUCGGUUUGACGACGCUUCCGAGAGACUUGGGGUCAUAAGAAUCAAAUUCUUGGGCGACUGCUACUACUGUGUCUCCGGAUUGCCACCGAAUCCGCCCCCGAAUCCGGCAGAGGCGUGCGUCGAUCUCGGCCUAAAAAUGAUUCGAAUAAUCGAGAGCGUGAGACAAGAACGAAAUCUCAAUAUAAACAUGCGGAUCGGGAUCCACACGGGCAAAAUCAUAAGCGGGAUAAUAGGGGCGGUGAAAUACCAGUUCGACAUUUGGUCGAAAGAUGUCGACAUAGCUAACAAAAUGGAAAGCGAGGGCGUGGCCGGCAAAGUGCACAUUACGAAGCAGACCAAGGACUGUUUGCGAAAGCCCUACGUCAUCGAUGCCACCGACAAGGGUGGAACGGUGCCGCAGUUUAAGCAAAACAAAAUCGAAACUUUCAUCGUGUCCCCGCCACCAGUACCCACGAAAUGGACUCCACGAGAGAGCUUAAAUUCGAUAGAAGAGGAGAAAUCGACACCUCCGAAUCCGAGGCCGUCACUUUUUAAGAAAAACGGCACUUUGCCCACGCCGCAUCUAACGUACUCCUCUAGCCACGCGGAUCUUAACGCCAUCCCCGAGGAAGCCAAUCACAGUCUCACAAUCAUAGAAAGCAGUAAUUUGGAUCAGGACAUAGCUAGACGUUCGACUGCCGAAGUCACGGACAGAAGAAGAGACACCGCGUACUUAAGAAGAUUAAGUCAGAGGUACAGGGUUCCGGAAGAAAGACGUAUCACUGCCGAUAUGAAGAGGAGAACGGCUUUCAUGAACAACAACAUCAAGCGGUACAACGAACGAUCAUCGGCGGUGAACAGGGAAAUGGAGGAGAUCAUCAACAAUACCUCGUUUUCGAAGAAAGAACAGUACACGAAAAUUAAAGAGAUCAGCAGCUUUCUCGUGUUUUACGAUUUGAAGGAGGAGGUCGAGUAUAUUCAGAUGAGAGAUCCGUUGUUCAAGUACUACAUUUUCACCCAGGUGGCGUUAAUACUUUGCGUGUACUUGAUACAGAAUCUCACGCUGCCAGAGUGGGAUUGGUGGAGAUACGAAAUAAUCGCGUCGGAAACAAUACUUGUAUUAAUUCUGCUGCCCUGCACGUGGACCUACUACAUCUACCUGAAGUUUUUCUCCGAUUCCGAGAUUCCGUCCAAUCGAGUCUUGAGAUUUUUCUUCAAUUCGUCGAAAUUUAUAACGAACAAUUUCUUAUCGAGGCUGACCAUUUAUACGGCCGUGUUUGUGAUGUUUCUUUUCUGUGUCGGUUUGGAAAUGUUUCAAUGCGAAUACGAAUACAACGAUGACCGGAUAAUGAACUCGCAUUGCACUAUACCGUGGCACAUGACGGAAACCUGCGCCCUCGCGCUCAUCAUGACGUUCAUGUUUUUGAAGAUAUUUAUUUGGAUCAAGCUGCUUUACGCGUUGAUCGUGACGUGCUUGUACAGCUAUUGCGUCGUGAGCUACAUUAGCUCUUUCUAUAAAGACAGCGAGACGUUCAAUCCGCACUUAAAACCCCAGGUCGCUCAUAUCAUGAACGUGGUGUUUCUGACGUUGAUCUUGCAUUUGAUCGACAGACAAACGGAUUAUAUGAACCGAUUGGAUCACCUAUGGACCGGAAAAUUAUUAGAAGAAAAGCGAAAAGCUGAUGAACAACAAGCCGUCAACACGAACAUGCUGAUCAACAUUUUGCCUAGGCACGUCGCGAAAAUUUAUUACCUGGAUGUAAACCGAGAAAUGAACGAUCUCUAUCACGAAAAUCACAGCGAUGUCGCCGUGAUGUUUGCCUCUAUUAUUUUCGACGACGAUUUGCAGGAAGCGGCAGGUGAAAGAGCAUUUUUAAUCAUCAUGAACAACCUCAUAACAGCAAUCGAUACGCUAAUAAAUCGUAAGGAGUUCUCCAAAGUGGAGAAAAUCAAAAUAGCCAAAUGGACGUACAUGGCCGCCUGCGGGCUGAUACCCGGUGGAAAACCUGCCGAUAUUGAAACUCAUCCUACAAGCGCGACGCUGGAAACUUUACUCAACUUCGCGUCGAACAUGUUCAAGAAAUUCCAAGAAAUCAACGGAGUCAUGUAUAAUUUUCGAUUGAGGAUAGGCAUUUGUCACGGGCCCAUCGUCGCAGGCGUCGUGGGGUCGAAAAAACCCCUGUACGAUAUUUGGGGCGACCCGGUAAACAUGGCGUCGAGAAUGGACAGUACGGGUGUGCCCGGUAAAAUACAAGUGUUGCAAAAAACGGCUGAAAUUAUCGAAAACUUGGGCUACGAGUGCGAAUUCAGGGACAAAAUCGCGGUCAAAGGCAAAGAGGGUCUGCUUCCCACGUAUUUCGUGAAAAUGGACGACAAUUUCGAUUUGGUUAGGCGCAGACGACCCGAUGUGAUCGAUUAAGGUGACCCCGUGAGAAUAGGGGGCCGCGAUGGCCAUUAGUCGUAAUACGUCACUGUGAUUGCAAGUACAUAAGACUGUGUUGGGCAAACCUAUUUAUUUUUUAUACGAUGUAUAUAGGAAGUAAGUUUCGCCAUUUUUCGGGGAAUAAUAAAAUGUAGGUUUACAAUGUUUAUUUAUUUUUGAGACGUCCAGAACAAAUUUGUACCAAAAAGAACUAUUAAAAGUCUAUGGAAAUGACAGGUUUCCAUGAAACGAUCAUACGAUAUAAGAAAGUGUCACUAAAAAAACAAAUGCAACCAACAAACAAAACAAAACAAAUAUUAUGGAAUACAUUUUAAGAAAUAUCAUGAACUUAAAAUACACCGGAACAUUUGUUAAAGAAACUUCCAAUAAUACCGUUUACCUAUUUAGAGCUUAACUAAAUUUUGCUCACAUUCUACUCUGUACCUUAUAUACUGUUUGAGGGGGGCUUUGGCUCUCCUCCGACUCUGUAGACAUCUUUAAAAUCGCUUCUACAACACACACCCAGCUUCAGACCAGCAGUAUAACACCCCCAGAAACAUAUUUCAUAAAACAAUAGCGACCCUACAGGGGCGUAAGUUCUGACGGUCACGUGACACGCCACUCAAUGAACGCAUGCGUGCAAAACGAAUGGUCUUAAUAAAAGCCUAGUGCAACACCUCCAUAAACUUCUUCAGUCGUUAUUUGUGUACUAAUACUUUUCUCUAUCUAUCAGCCUCUGUCGUCCAAUAUUAAACAUUGUUCUCCCCUAAUUGUAUCCAUUCUUCGUGCU